UUAGUAACGGGAACAACUUGAACUCUUACCACCACCAUCUACACACUACUUAUGAACAAUAGCUCUGCAUAUUCAUCCGACAUGCGCUGAUCUGCGCGUAUCAAAGAGAAACCGACUGCUAGAGAUGAUGCAAACGCGUCGACUAGAAGAGUCUGUAGCUAUAUCCAAAACAAGACGAGGUCGUCGAGCUAAGUUUUUCAAAUCUCAACUUGCCGAUGUGCCAUUCGAAAUCUAUCUCGAGAUAUUUUCUUAUUUGGACCCUGUGGACCUCUUGCGACUGGCUAGAACCACAAAACAUUUUAGUGGCUUCCUGAUGAGUCGUUCUGUGCUUUCUCUCUGGAAGAGGGCACGCUCCUAUGUGACGCCGUUGCCGGACAUGGGUCCGUUGACGAGCGAGCCCGCAAUUAUAGACUUCAUGUUCGAAAAGGGUUGCAAUUACUGUGCUUCGGACGAAAACUCGGGCGUGAUGACAAUGACAACAACGAGAGCUUGCAGAAAAUGCAUACUUCGACUCCAUGUCUCCGAAUCUGAGCUAUCGGCGAACAGCAAAACAUCUGGGCUUAUCGAAUUCAUAAAGGCCCAGUACUCCGUUUAUUUUAUCGAACCUAGACUAGUACUGAGAAAAGGUGAAAAACACCGUACAUACUUUCUGCCCACAAUGGAGCGUCUCGGUCAAGAAUACGAUGCCUUGAACGGGGAUCAGCCUGCUAUCUCUGUUUGGAUGAGGGGAAAGUGUGCAGAGUUCAAUUCAUAUCGACGGUUGAUGGCGGAAGCAGGAAUCUGGUGGAACAAGCAAGAAUUAAAGGCGAAGGACAAUUUAGUGGUGGAUCGUCUUGCUGAGGUGAAUCGAAGGCUCGUCACCCUUGGCUGGGGUGAAGAGCUCGCCAUAAUACCAUCACAUCACAUUGCAGACCAUAAAUUAGUCAAGAAGUCGGAGAAGUUGACGGAGAAAGCAUGGGCAAGAAUGGAAGCUGUCCUUGUCGGUAUCCUUCAAAGUCACAAAGAUAAACGCUUGCUAUCCGGUCGAUUCAACGGAGUUCGAAACAUACUGUCAAACGCCCUUAAAUGCCAUCUCAUAUCCUCAUCAACGUCGUUUGCUCCUGACUACGUAUCCCUUGCAGCGAUGGAGGACUGCAAGCGAAUUUUGGAUGCUACUCCUCUGGAUCAGGCGCUCACUGAAGACACUUUCUCCCCUGUGCUUAAUCGACUGGCAGAAAUCGUCGAUGAAUGGCGCGCGGCAAAAAAGGUUGAGUGUCUGGAAAUGCUGCGUCAGGCCACUGACACAGAGGCUGAUGAAGAAGAUCUCUACCUGGCGACGACGGUGUUCCAGUGUCUCGCCUGCAAACAGCCUCUAAUGUACCCCAAGGUCUUAGUACAUCAGUGCGGACAGCUGUCGAGACGACGUUUCUCUUGUCCUCAAAACAGCGAUGAAUUACCAUGGCUUCAAUCUCAAAAACUAUUCAGGUUCUAUAAGGGAGCCUCUGACGUUGCCCGGGCGAUCGUUAUUGCAUGCGAUCUUGACCCCAAAGUAGUCACUUAUGUGCAUAUGAAUACUCUGCACCCUUUACUCGAAUGCCUGGGUCGCCAUGAUUUCGGACGAUUGGUACUGCGAUGGCAACAGGGGCUCGUACACGCGUCAAACCACAGUACAACGCCGCAGUUUGCAUUACUUGAAGGCAAAGACAAGAGUGAAGCCGAAUAUAUCGAAGGCAUGAAAGGCAAAGGAUGGCAAGAUAUAUACAAUGAAGGUUUUAAUCGCUUCCGCUGUUCAGACUGCAGUGAGAUCUGUGAGGCGUCUAUGUUAGGACAUCACCUCGCCAAUUGUCAUCCUAGUUUUACAGUGGAGGAGUUCGCGCAGAAAAUUUCUUAUGUCACAGACGACCCUCUUCCGGAUGCUUUUAUCAGUCUGUCAGGCAAGAGGCGUCGUGUGCGCCCGCACGAAUAACUUACUGGCAUCUGCUAUAUCAUUUCAUUGAUUUCACUUACCCUCUUAUACAUGAGAACACAAAUAGAGU